GCACCGUACUACGUGUUGUCAUGGUAACCAAACAUUUCUCGCUAUGUCUACAAGCGGCGCCAUCACGUCCUCACACAAAAACAACAACUUCUCAGUCAACCUCUGGGAAGAGGGAGACUCGGAGGAAGAAGAAAACCGAAUACUGUCUCUGUUUGAUGUUAGACUCGGCAGACUGAGAGAGAAGACCGUGCUGCAGCGGCUGAUCGUGAUGGCUCGUCUCCCUCAUCAUCUUGCUGACAGGACAGAAGUUGGAGCUCAUUAUGAAAGACUCAACUUCCAGCUCAGCAAACAGUACAUCCUGGACCAGAUGACAGGACUCCUUUUAAUUUACCCAUCCUGUGUGCUGCACGUUAUUGAGUCAUCCAGGGAGGUUCUGCUCUCUGUUCUUAAAGACCUGAAAAAGAUGCAACAACAGCAGGAAUGUAUCCUGAUGGAGGAUCCAAAGGUCGUGUUUGUGGAACAUGAUCCUGAGAGCAGGCUGUUCCAACAGUGGAGCUACAAGGUUCUCAGUGCAGAUCAGGCUGUCGGGGACGCUGCAGCGAAGAAGUUUGAGGAUGACGAGGAGGACACGGAGACUCUGGUUUGCUCUGUCUUAUCAGGGAUGCAGAAACUGUCUGAACACACAGAGAUAUCUAAGGUUGUACCUGGAGCCGUGCUCGAUGAAACUCCAGGACUGAUCGUCUCUCAGAAGCUGCUGGACAAACUCCUCGACAGAGACGAACUCUUGACCCCAGAGCGGUAUCUUCAGCUGUACGACUCACCGUUACACGUCAACAUGGACUUUGGUCAAGUUAUAAGAAGCAGCUGCCUCACCACGGUUUAACUUCUUCAACAAAAGGUCAAAGAACGUGUUUGGCCUUCACUGAGGCACCUUGGAUGUGACGAAGGCGUCCUAGCAGAGAGAAAUCACUGUGACAGUUUGAUACCAACAUCCUCCAGCACUUCCCCGGCUCCUCUUUGGACCCCUCUAAAAGUUGAGACUGAACACGAAAAAGCACAGGAAGCCCGAGUAAUAUAAAAACAUUUUAAUAGUUUCAACAUUCGGAUGAGGUUAAUUUUAUUUUCUCUCACUGUACACUGUGUUCCACGUGGUGACCGGGAGAUACCGUGUUCAAGAAAAGGCAUUUCCUCUUUACUAUAAACUCUCAAGAGUCCACAGCAUCGGUACAGUUUGACACAAAGAACCUAUGAGUCUAAAAAGAUCCCUUGAUGUGUUCCCUUUUUAUUUUGGCCCCAUUACUAGGAACUGAAACCAAAGAUGAUGGGAGAUGUGUUUGUAAUGGCUGCAUGCACCACAGUGUAAUCUACAAACUGUAAUAAAAACAAAGCAGGUUUUUUUUCUUCUU